GUGCCGUGCGGCGGCCGGUGGACUCGAGACCGCCGUCGCCGUCGCCACCGGUUACCUCCCGCUCCGUCCGUCCCCGCCCCGUAGAUACCAGCGCUUCCCGUGGGCGGCGGCGCACGUACAAGGUACGUGCUGCUCGCUCCUCCUCCGCCCCAGUUCUUCGGCUAUGCGCUUGAGCAAGCAGCAUUUUUUCCCCCUGCUAAAUAAGCUAGUAGAUUUCUUCCCCUCCACAAAAAGGGGUUCCAUUUUGUUCCAGUGCGUGAUGGUCUGAGCUCGUAGUGUCCUUCAUCUUCAAUCUAUACCGAAGUUUAAUUAUAAGGCUAAUUAAUCUGUACCAUCUCUGAAGUAUUAUUCAGUUCUAAUUGCUUGAAUAUAUACUUCCAUGCCCCAGCCAGAAACAAAGUCUUGCCAUUUUCCAUAACAUGCGAGUAUGAUUGAUCCUACUUUGACAUGAAUUCUGUACUCUUUGCGUAAACUGCUCGAAGCGUCACAGAUUCAGGCGCAGAAGGAAUGUACAGCCCAAUAUUCUACACAAUUUAUUAUUUUGUUUUAGCAGAGUUCGUGUGCUUUACUUUUACAUCACAAAGGAAAACGAAAAGACUGAUGCUACAGGCAUAUAGCAUCGCAUGCCAUGCCAUGCCAUGCACUACUGCGGAUGUUAAUGACUUCUCGACUUGACCAGCAUCUUGCAAUGGGCACGGGUGGUGUGUGUGCCACGUUUUCUGAAUAAUGCAUGCUGCUUAAUUAACCAUAGUUUUCUUUCUCUUGCAUGAAGUAAUCUAUUUAUGAAAGUAAAUGCCCCAUUAACAACGCAAGUUAAUAAACCCAUAAAACCCCCUUGGGUUGUGGCCAUUAAGGGGCCAUAAGGCCGCUCUUGUCAAGAUAUAAUGUGACACGCCAUGCCAAUGUCUCCUCUUCCGAGAGAUGCAGGUAGACAGGAACCGGCAUCCAGCCGCUCCCUCUUCCCCCCACCCCUAGCAGUAGCCAGCUCCUGAAACCCCUCCAUGGAUUUCGGUUGCUUCCAGCCCCACGCAGGGAGCUGCGAUGACAUGCCGCUUGAUUUCCAUGUGCAGCAGAGUGCCCACUAUGAUCUCCACUCCCUUGAUCGUUCGUUCGAGCCUGCCGGCGGAUCGAUCGGCCCCUUUGCGGCCUUCUAUCCUGACUACUACCCACAAGGCACCGCGACGAAGGCUAUCGUCGGCGACACUUCAUCGGUCGGCGACACUUCAUCGGUCGUUCAUAGUUCUGGACCUCACCUCCCUCUGCUGACGCCGAAGCUUGAGGUUUCACAUCUCAUAGGAGGUGGCCUUGGAUCAUACAAGACCUAUGAGAUGAGCCGCAGGUUUUUCCCAAGAAAGAAGGCCUCCAGCAAGGCUCUCAAGAGGGCUAAUGUUGUCAAAGGGCAAUGGACGCUGGAAGAAGACAGGAAGUUGGUGAAGUUAGUGGAGCAGUUUGGAUUGAGGAAGUGGUCUCAGAUUGCGCAAAUGUUGCCUGGAAGAGUUGGAAAGCAAUGCAGAGAAAGAUGGCACAACCAUUUGAGACCUAACAUCAAGAAAGAUACUUGGAGUGAGGAGGAAGACAUGGUUCUAAUACAAACACACAAGGAGGUUGGCAACAAAUGGGCAGAGAUAGCUAAGCGCCUCCCUGGGAGAACUGAAAACUCCAUAAAAAAUCAUUGGAAUGCAACCAAGAGAAGGCAGUUUGCAAGGAGGCGGACCCGCACAAGCGCCAAGAAUCCCAAAUCUGGGACCCUUCUGCAGAACUACAUCAAAAGCCUUGGAAUUGGCUCUAGCAAGGUCACUGCUGCUCCUCUAGCCCCAAAAGAACCUCCACUGUCACCAUCUUCACCAGCACCCCCAACACAAAAUCUGGCACAGGUGAAUGACAGUUGGUCAGAAUCCAACCCAUCCAGCACAAUGAUCACCCAAGGACUAUUCAGCACAGAUGACAGAGAGGCUGACUCUUGGGAAGAAAUUCUAGUCCCAACAUGUGAUGAUUUUUCUGUUGACAUGUGUGAUGGUUUAUUUGACACAAAGGAGGAUGCGCAAUACCCGGUUUACAGCAUAGAUGAUGAUGUUGACAUGGACUAUAUCUUCAACCAUAUGGACUACACUAUUAAGAUUGACCAUGAGAUAGAUAUGGAGAUGGCAUGGUGUGAUGACGCACUCGCAAACAUUGAAUCUGGAUCAUCGCCAUUGGUGACAGCGGUAGGUCCAACAGAAAUCAAGACUGUCCAGGUGAAGGAGGAGAUGGAUCUAGUUGAGCUGGUCACACGUACACAGACUUGACACUAUUAUAUAUGCAUGCUAUUUAUAGGUGAUAUGAUGACCUUUUGGAUGUUACUAUGGGGCAUGCUAUUUAUAGAUAAUAUGACGACCUUUGUUUUCAUAGAUUAUAUAUAUGACGACCUUCUGGAUGUUUCCAUAGAUUAUAU